AUGGGGAGGUUGAUGGCCCUGAUACAAAAACAGGCUCGCAACAAGAAAGGUUCUGGAAUUCAGAGCGGGAAAUCUGACAAACGCGCUGUAUUAGAGUUUCAGUACCGGAGAGCUGUGAAGAACAAGGAAAAGUGGGCCAAGGAGAAGCUUCAAAGUAGGCUGAGCGCAAGAGAGAAACAGAAAAAGAACAAAGAGGUUCAAGAUGCAAUUAAUGCUGGACAGAAGAGGCGGCAGAAACUCAACGAAGAAGAGGCGGCUACCGUGCGCAGACAGGUUGCACUGGGAGAGAGAGCUGCAAUGGGACGGGAGCUCAGCAAGCAAGGGAAGGGGAAGAAGAAGAACAAUCCCAACCAAAACACGGGAACUCAGGACGUGAGCCACAUUGAAAUGGUUCAAGGACUCAAUAGACAAGGCAAGCAGAACAGUCCUGGGCAGUCUGCAAAAGCGCUUGAACCGACCGAGACAGCCCGGAACAACCCUCUCUUUGAGAGCAACGUGCAUAAUGGGCAGCAAUCUGCGACCCUCUUGGCACCUCAACAGAUGCUUGGAGGAUCCGUGGUGACCAGUCACGACAAUCCACUCUUCAAACCGGGCACCCCAGACGUGAGGAGCAGCUUACGGCUCCUUAAGAGCUCUCAAGGGAAGAGGUCGUUGAGGCCAGUUGCUACCCUGCCCGACUACCUAGAACCGCAGCCGCCUGCCGCGAGAAAACGACGGGAUGAAGCACGGACAAUCGACAACGACAUCUACAACAGUUUACAAGAGAUGGAUCUAGCAAAGAUAGCAGAAAACGAGGAGAGGGAGGUGGUAGAACGUCUCGAGCAACUCCGAUUCGCCCGUCCUGCAAUCCCGAAACUUCGACGUCGCCCCUUUUUCUAUGAAGUCGGUGCUGCAGUGUCCUCGCCCGACGAGAACGGGUGGGAUGAUCAUGCGGAGGCUAAGCUGAUUGAGACCGAACUUCCGAUGCCCCGCAAGGGUCACCCGCUCACUGAUCGCAUCUACCUGCGUGAACGGCAUCCAAGAGCUAGUGAGAAUCUGCCUGCCCCGUACAAAUCGACGGCCCUGCCUUAUCGGCCACGUGCUACAAAGCUGCCAGUUUUUGACACUCGCAACCUACCAGUACCCAGCAGUAUUGUGGUGCCCCCGCUGAGGAAAAGGCGCUCUACGUGGUACGAGGAUCUUCCACCUACAAGCAAUCUGAACGUCCCUACCUUGCGGACUAGGAGGGCUGGUCAUCCUGUUGAUAUCCUUCCACCCACAACCAUUGAUGUUGCCACCACACCCCAAAGAACUCGACAUGAAUUGCUUGUGAAGGAACUUCCGCCACCUAACUACAACAUGACCACUCCGCUCAGAGAACGUCGUCAAGGACUUGUGAACAAUGAACUAUUCCCGACACACAACAACCGCUCUCCCGGACCCCCUGACGACCUGCCGUCAUUGAGUGGUCCUUUUGUCACGCCGCUCCGGAUACGGCGUGCCGAAGACAUGCUCACAGUCGCAUCAACUUCCAGUGGCCUCCUACCCCCAAUCCAAGCGAGAGAGUUUAAGAACCUUCGAGGCAAGAGAGGGCCAGUAAACAAUCUGGCCUUCAAGAAGCAGAACAACGCAGGGCCCCAACCGGACAUUGGGCCGACAGGUGCAUUCCCUCAGGGACGGAUCACAGGAAAGCUGGAAAGGUCGCUUGCAUUCAAGAAGCGUAACAAUCAGAGGCCUCUCCUGAAACAUGGCUCGACCAUGGCCAAAAAGCCAAGCAGCUGGUCUCCGUUUGGGAGCCGAACAAAAGGGUACACGAGGAUUGAGACAGACUCUGGAGGUGACGGCAGCUCGAAACAGGCGUCCGGCUGGUUCAAGGGCUGGUCAAAAAGGGGAGGGUACCCGAGUACUCCAAAACUUGAUCCCAACAAGCAAGCCCCCAAUGGAAGAUUUGACAAGUCCCAGCACAAGAGCUCAAGGGACUCGGGGGGUGACGGGAGCUCGAAACAGGCGUCCGGCUGGUUCAAGGGCUGGUCAAAAAGGGGAGGGUACCCGAGUACUCCAACACUUGAUUCCAACAAGCAAGCCCCCAAUGGAAGGUUUGACAAGUCCCAGCACGAGAGCUCAAGGGACUCGGGGGGUGACAGGAGCUCGAAAUAG